GGAUUGGUGGAUGCCAGAGCCGAGAGUAAGAGGUGAGCCGUUUAGUUCAUCAGAAGGACCAUUGCCAAUUGUGUAGUGUUCUCGAAGGCGCGAGCGUAAAUUAGUGUCACGGGCUGUGGCCUUUAAGGAUGGCACGGAUAUAACCCCCAUCGCCACCGACAGCACCGGUCGGUUGUAAAUCGUUGCUAUCUGCUGAAGCGAGAAAGAUAUGGGAUUAAGCGAGGUUGACAAUUGUCGUUCCGGCUUCAUUCUCGUGGCUUCCUUAUCAAUGCCAUCCCCUGAUCGGUUGGCCUGUGUCCGGAUGUGUGUGGGGAUCAAGGUUCCCGCUGUCGUGCUCUGUGCCUCUGGAAGAAGCUGCGUAAUAACACCGUGACGGGUACCUUCCGAACCAGAUUCAGCUGGAACGGAAGGUGAUAAUGUGAGCAAAGCGCGUCCCCCGUAGUGCGUGCACAGCUCAACCAUACCGAAGCAGAAUCGCUAUGGCUACGUGAUGCGCGUUGUAGUCACACGACACGAUCGUCCUUUCGAAUUAUCAUUCCCAUUCUUAUUGCGCGACAAUUUUCUGCGUCUGAUUUCGCGACUCAAUUAACACCCGGUCAGUGGAGGCUCGGUGUCAGCAGGGCAUAAUGAUGAUGGACCAUUUCAGGGCCAGCCAACAACAGUCAUGCGGCUUUUACUAAGCCGGUUCAAACCGGGUCGUCUUAGUGGCGUUGUCCAUUCGACGAUGGCAACGACAAGCAACACGCCUCUGUUCUAGUAGGCGUAUUUUGACGGAAGUUGGACGGCGUACGGGUAAACAACGCAACGCAAGGCAUACUCGAUUGAUCCCCGGUGUUCCUGGUGCUCAUCCGAUUCGCGCUCUUAUCUCAGACGGACCCACACGCGGUUGCCGUCGCUUCGGCUACAUUGUUGUUUUCUUCUUUUUCCGCGGCCCAGCGCCAUCGACCAAUCGCACGCGUAGCAUGAUCAGAAUUUCAGCUUGAGGGGCUCGUCUAGGUCUAGGUGGAGAUGACCUCAUUAGGCUAAGGGCGCUGUACGACGUUCACCGACGACGGACACGCGGGAUCACGCGCGAAGGCCCUCCUUCCCCCGCUUCUCGUGGCUAACCUAAAAACCCAAAGAGCAGACGCCCGCCGGACCGGGAAUUUCAUGACGCAUGCACGUUGGAAUUUCCUGUCCGUGGCGGUGCCUUAACCAGUCUUUUUCUGGUUUUUUCGUGGCCCCGGGAUUCCUUUUCCGGCCCCGGAAAAUCGACGACCGCCCCCUCCCCCUAAAUUUCCCCUCGUGUUGCCACGCGGUCGCUCUCUAUUUCGUCAUUCCUGGAAAUGUGAUUCAUACGCGGGCAGACUGCGAAAAACGCAUCUUCCGCCCGUGAGUCGGAAAAGUGUAAGAAACUUGGAAAACCGCAGCGCAAAAGAUCCCUCAAAAAGACCGGCCAUCAAAAAGGACUUUAAACCUUUUUACACCGCCACAGAAACCACGCCGAGAUCCGGGUGUCCAUCUGAAACCGCAAGAUCUCCAGCACUUACGGAAACGGGAACGCAAAUCCUGGCAGAGAAACAUCCGUAGGGAUCUUUAACAGAAAGAACAGCAGCAUAAAAACCCUCUACUAGACACACAGAAAAUUGGGACGAGUGGUCUCAGUAGCCGGUCCUGAAAACAAGAGGUCUACAUCCUCAGAAUAACUUGCGAAGGCCCAGGAAGUGGAUCGAGGGAUGAGUCGCCGGUUUUCGGUGGGAAUUUAGUUUUUCGGAAAAUGAAGCGGAAGGAGAAAUAUGAAAGCGAAACGGGGUUCGAAGGAUGGGGCGAUUACAUGGACGCAAAGAUCGCCAAACUGGAGGACCAGUUUCGGCAUACGGCCGCAAAUGUGGCCGAACCGCUCUCGAACCUGUUUGCCGGGAUAUCGAUCUUCGUAAACGGUUACACGGAUCCUUCGGCCGAUGAGCUGAAGCGCAUCAUGAUGCAGAACGGUGGAGUGUUUCACCAUUAUAAGCGGCCAACGACGACCUACACGAUCGCGUCGAUCCUACCCGACGUUAAAGUGCGCGCGAUCACCUCUGAAACCAUCAUCAGCCCCCGGUGGGUUGUGGAUUGCCUCAAGGCCGGUCGCAUCCUCGAUUACUCCCGCUAUCUGCUCUACACGCAGCACAAACCUUCGCAACCCAAGCUGGCCUUCGCGGCAGGCACCAGCAGCAAAGCUCGAUCGACACUACCAGCUAGACCGACCGAUACGGACGUUGCCAAGCCAACGCUGAAGCGGGAUAACGAUCCUACCGACAUCAGUCGCGCCGAGUGUUUGAAUGUGUUGGGUUUGCUGAAACACUUUACUGAUCCGGAACCAUCCGCUGCACAGGACGAUAGUGAAGAACAGGUUCAGAAUCCACAAGCAGCAUGGGUAUCGAACAAUGCGGUUUCUCCGGCCACUGAGGAUACAACUGAACCACAGGCCGAGACAGUAUCGCCGGAUGUGUUUCAAGAACCGAGCAGCGCAAAGAACGAAACCAUGACAACCCCAACGAAAGCACCAGCUUCUUCGAAACAAUCGCUUACUGCGACGGAUCCAAAUUUUCUUACUGAAUUCUUCAACAACUCCCGCCUGCACCACAUCGCAACACUUGGUGCGGGCUUCAAGGCGUACGUCGCAGAGUUGCGAGAGAAAUCGUCUCGAACGUUUCCGGCACGUGCAUUGUUGGUGGAAUCGUUACCGCGACACUUGGAAGAUCGGGACUCACUCGGUGAUAAUCUGCCCCACCUGGGUAUACCGGCACGUUACAUCAUGCACAUCGAUAUGGAUUGUUUCUUCGUUUCGGUCGGUUUGCGAAAGUAUCCGCAUCUCCGGGGAUUGCCAGUGGCCGUAACACACUCGCGAGGCUCGGAGGCUCGCGUUGUGCCAACACAUCCAGGACAAAAUCGAGCACUCGAGAUCGAACUGUAUCAUAAGCGGCUCACUGAGCGUAACAAAGCACCGGAUAUACCGAUCGAAUCACGGCUUUCAGGGAUCGACGAGCAUAACUCGCUGUCGGAGAUCGCCUCCUGUAGUUACGAGGCACGACGGAUGGGCGUCAAGAAUGGGAUGUUUGUCGGGGCCGCUCUAAAGUUGUGCCCCGAUUUGAAAACCAUUCCGUACGAUUUUGAGGGCUACCGAGAGGUUGCCUACCGGUUGUACGAUACGAUCGCUCAGUACACGCUCGACAUUGAGGCAGUCAGCUGCGACGAAAUGUUUGUCGAUCUGACGGAGCUCCUGCAAUCGACGGGUGUAUCGAUGACGGACUUUGUACGCUUCGUGCGGGAUGAAAUAUCAACCGAAACCGGGUGUCCUUGCUCGGCUGGAAUCGGUUCGAAUCGUUUGCAGGCUCGUAUGGCGACGAAGCGUGCCAAACCUGAUGGUCAAUUUUGGCUCGCACCAUCCGACGUUGAGAGCUACAUGCGAGACAUCCCGAUCGGUGAUCUGCCCGGUGUAGGCCCCAGCACGACACAACGGCUGAAACAGAUGACCUACACCACCUGCGCCGAUCUGCAAACCAUCCCCCGGAACGUGCUGCAGACGGAAUUUGGGAAAAAGUUUGGUGAAACGCUUUACAACGCAUGCCGCGGGAUCGAUGAGCGGCCCCUGGUGUACGACAAGGGACGAAAGUCUGUCUCGGUGGACGUAAACUAUGGCAUCCGGUUUACGACGGAGCAGGAAGUGGAUCGGUUUAUGCGUCAGCUAACGGAAGAAAUUCAUCGUAGGCUGAUGGAACUGCGGCAGCGUGGCAAGCUGGUAACGGUUAAGCUGCUCGUGCGCGCCCCAGAAGCACCGGUCGAAACGGCCAAGUUUAUGGGCCACGGACUGUGCGAUGUAGUAACGAAAUCACAACCCCUAGCCAACCACACAGACGAUCGAUCGGUCAUAGAGGCCGCCGUGCUGGGUUUGAUGCGUACGAUGGCCGUACCGCCGCACGAAUUACGGGGCAUCGGUAUACAGAUAUCAAAAUUUGCCGAAGGUAAAUUCAAGGAUGGAGCGGCUGGAAAUCGAUUAAAGACAAUGAUGCUAGCAAAGGCAGAGCAGCAAAAGCACCAGAAGGAUGAGGAGCGCACCGGACGAACAACGCGAUCCGAGGCUGAGGAGAAUUACGUGGUACAAGGUCGAUUGCUGCAACCCGACGAUGAUCAACAACCUUCCACAUCCAGCGCAGUUCCAGCUCGUGACCCACCAAUUAUGCAGCCCUCCUCUUCCUAUCGAUCGACACCGUCGAAACAAGCUGGAUCGCAUUCUACUCACAGCAAUUCCGUAACUAACCGUGUAUCACCUGGGCGCCGAGAAAUUGCGACGACGACAUCACCAAGCAGCCGCUCCAAGCAAACGAAACCCUCUACUACUCUGGGUCGCAGGCGCGGUCGUCCACCGAAGGGAGCGGGGCCGGUGAAACAACAAUCCACAUCAUUGCCAUCGACUUCCACUGGUGGGGGAUUGAGGAAAUUCCUUUUCCGUGCAGAUAACACAAAACCUGUGGCAACAGCAGCUGCAUCCAACACCACCAGUAGCACGAUAGAGAAUGGAUCUGCAGACCACGAUCUUCCGGCCGAAAUCGAUCCGGAUGUGCUAGCCGCACUACCCGACGAUAUACGGCAGGAAGUGAUUCGUGAUUUUCGAAGGCAGCGACAAGAGCUGCUGCUUCUUUCCAGUGGCAAAAAGAACCCACCAGCAGAACAGAAAACUCCCGUAAAAUGUUCCACGACACCGGUGCGCGAAAUAGCGAAACGAGAAUGGAACACUCCCAAGACACCAUCGCCCAGGGGUGGUUACGUUGGCCGUGAAUCGGCGGUCGAUGGAAGAAUACAAGUUGAGCGGAAGUUCCUGGAGGCGCUACCGUUUGAGUUGCGGCUUGAGAUAGAGAAGCAGAUCGCACUGCAGCGUGACAGUAUGGUCGUGGUGACGACGGGCAACGACUACAGCGAUGCGGAGAUCGAUGAACCGUUGCGGGUAACACCAGAAGCGAGUCCUGUUAAGCAGCUGCUACCACCAACUAUCACCGAGAGCGUACCGAAGGAUAGCAACAUUUUUAGAAGGGAUAACUGGAGAGAGCUAGUGGAAGAGUGGAUCGAUAGUGCCGAGGAACCGUACGAGUACGAUGUGGAGCUGCUGGCAGCGAAUGGAGAGGAGCUAGUAGAGAACAGAGCACUGCUGGAACGAUUGUAUAUUAUCAUGCGCUGUAUAUACCGGUUGGUGCAGCAGAGGGGUACCUGCCCCUGGCACCGAGCAUAUCGGGCCAUUGAGCGGACAGUUCAAACCCGAAUGAUGGUCAUCUAUGGCUCGCGGCUGGGCAUUCGAUCAAUCCAAUGCGAGGAGUGCAAUAGUCAUGAAUAGAUGGCAAAAUCGUUUUUGUAGAGUAUUUAUUUGCUAAAAGCUAAAUUAUCUAGUGAUAAGUAGUUUCAAAAAAUACAUUUCAGUAAUUG